CUAAAAGGGUCAGAUGGAAAAUUCGUAAAUUCAGCGAGAAAUCAACUAAAAAACAGUUCAAAAAGUGUUUCUCCGUCAAAUUCUCGUGUUCCCGCAGCUGGAAACAUCAAAAAUUAUCAGCUUCCGUCGAGAUUCGCUGCGAAAUUCGGACAAAAUCAUCAGUGACGCAAUACAUUCUCUCUUCGCUCUCGCACGGAAAACAAAAGAAAAACAAUUUUCCUCGUUCGGCAGCAUCAUCAGUCAUUCAUUCAUCGCGUCGCGAGACAGUGCAAAGGUGCAGCGACGAAAAAACGACGCCAAAAUCUGAUUAAAUAACGUUUUGACUGUGCCAGCUUUCACUUCUGCGAUAGCCUGACCUGGACUGACUUUGGCGUUCCUUGCGUGUGGCAAUGAUCGAAAAUUAUGGCUGUGGCGGCUUUGAGUUUGACGCUGCCUUCGAUUCGGGCAAUUUGGGCAAAGUAGAGCUCUCAAAAGUUUACAACGAAGGUACCGAAAAGACUGCUCCCGAUAAUGUGAUUGAUAUCGAGUUCAACUUGUGGACAAAGCCAGAUUGUGCCGGAACGCCGUACGAAAACUCGAAUCGAACAUGGUUCUUCUUCAGUAUUACGGGUGGUCGCCCUUACCAGGUGGUAAAAAUAAACAUAAUGAAUUUGAACAAACAAGCGAAGCUCUUCAGUCAAGGCAUGCAUCCCGUGAUAAGAGUCGGGCCGAAUGGCAAAUGGGAGCGGAUUAAAGAGAAACCAGCGUAUUUUAUGACAAACGACAGUUUCAUCCUCACGUUCCUUCACAAAAACUCCGACAAACCGGAUGCCGUCAAAAUCUACUACGCCUUCACUUUCCCCUACACCUACACGGAGCAACAAGAUCAAUUAGCCAUCUACGACGAGCGUUUCGGCAAAGACAGCAUCGAAGUCGACCGAAUUAUCAAAGAGAUCAACAAGACAAAAGCGAAAAGUGAUACCAAACAGCAAUCGCAAGACGAUGCCGCCACGAAAGAAACCCGUUUGGAGGAGCAACUCUUCAAGGCGGGCACAAAUCCGGGCCAAAAAACAAUUGAAAUCUACAGUUGUGAUAGCCAGACGUCGGUAACGUGCAGUCUCGAGUACUUACGAAACAACUUUGAGAUCAAAUCGACCGAAGAAAUCCUGAAAAAGAACGAAUCUGCCGUUCAUGCAAUGGCUGUGGACGAAAAUACGUCGGAAUCGAUGCAACAAAUAACGUCCUUGGUGAACAAUGUGCGAAUCGAGUUGCAACAAAAGACGACGGAAAUUUGUGAAAAUGCGAAACAAAGCGAGAAAAGUGACAAGCCACCCACGGAUUUCAACGAUGAGAUUUAUUAUCAUCGUGAAUUGCUGAUUCGAUCGUAUGAGGGACGACGAGUUGAUUUGUUGACGAUUUCUUCGUUUCAUGGCAUCACCGAUAAACGCGAGGAACGCAUCCAAUCGCUGUUUCCGGAGUUUUUGACGCCUCGUUGUCACGUUUUUAAGGAUAAAAAAGUCGUUUUUAUCUCGUCGCGUGUCCAUCCGGGUGAAACUCCCGCCAGUUUUGUAUUGAAUGGGUUCUUAACUUUCUUAUUGGAUCGGAAAAAUGUCGUUGCGCAAGCUUUGAGGAAGAUGUAUCUCUUUAAAAUUGUGCCAUUUUUGAAUCCAGAUGGUGUUUAUAAUGGUCUCUAUCGCUCCGACGUGCUCGGGCACAACCUAAAUCGUGUUUAUUUGAAUCCAAAUCGUGAAACGCAACCGUCGAUCUAUGCAGCAAGGAAGCUAAUACGUUUUCAUCAUUUUGGUUACGACAAACCUGAAACUGAGCGUCCCGUUACCCCAAAAUCGCCUCAACCUCCGCCAACGGUUGUUAAUGUGACGAACGAGAGCAACAUGACGGCCUACAGUGGCGGCGACGAAUGCGAAACGAUCGAUCAGAUGACGUCGGAAACUGCAACCACGACAAUUGCGGAUGCCUGUGACUUUAUGAAAGAUUGCGACGAAAAUGCCACCGAUUUGGGCUUGUUUUCGGAACAACAUUCGUCGCGUGAGAGCAGCACCUCGUCAAAUCUCGAUGAAAAAUUGACGACUUUCAUCUUGCCAUCGACAAAUGAGCCCGAAAAACAAUCCGAACUCCGUUUAACCAAAUCCGCGACGCAACUCACGACAACUACAAACACUUCCACAAACGUUAACAACAACAAUUCUAAUCAAAAAUCACUGCCAGCUGCAAGUCAAAUUCCUCGCCCGAAUACCUCAACGAGUGCUCGUAGCAGCAAAGAGAGUGUCAAGUCGCAAACCAGCACGGGAAGUGCUAAAGAUCGUGUCGCACUGAAAAAUGCCCUCAAUUUGCGCGGAAGUAACGUCGUUUCGGCAUCUCCGGUGCCAGCGCGUGUCGGAACAGGAGCCGUCAUCUUGAAAAAAGUCGAAAACGCAAAAACUUUGAGCAAGAAAGGAUCACAAGACAAGACUCAGAAAACAAAUCCCGCUCAAAUUUCGCACCAUUUCCGAUCGCACCGCAACGAUUACGGUCCCGGACAAAAAUGUUUGAACAUUUCCUUGGAUUUUCUCACAGAAAUUGAUGAAAAAGGCACCCGUUACAUCAAUGAAGAGAACAGCGGAAUGUUUUUGUACAUCGAUUUGCAUGGACAUGCAUCGAAAAAGGGAGUUUUUAUGUAUGGCAAUCACUUGCCAACAACAAUGGAGGCUGUCGAAUGCAUGCUACUGCCGAAACUCAUGAGUCUCAAUAGUCUACAUUUUCACUACGACGGAUGUAAUUUUUCGGAAAAGAAUAUGUAUCUCAAGGGAAAACGUGAUGGUCUUUCAAAAGAAGGAAGCGGUAGAGUCGCGAUCUACAAGAUGACGGGCUUGAUAAAAGCUUAUACGUUGGAAAGUAAUUACAAUACCGGGAAAUAUGUGAAUAUUUUGCCGCCAAAAGGGAAAGAUGUCGAUAGUUAUCCGUCCAAAUCAACUGUUGCUGUGCCGCCCAAAUAUACGCCAGCGAUCUUUGAAGAUGUUGGUCGUGCAUUGGGCCCAAGCAUCCUCGAUUUGACUGGCUCAAAUCCUCAACCUCGCCUUCACAACUCGGAAUAUCGCACGUUGCAAGGAUUACGGAAUGCCCUGAAGAACGAAUUGGAACGAGGUCCCGCUAAGCCACGCUCUGCCUCAAAGGUGUCGAAGGCAAAAACGAAGCGAGCAGGCAGUUUGCCGGAGAACAAAGAGAUCGCAAAAGAGAAUAAAGUGGCGAGCAAAGUUGGCGUUGUCGGCAGUGGCAAUAACAACGUUGGCAGCAACAGCAAUAGUUCGAGUAAUUCGAUUUCCAUCAGUUCGGGUUCGCGUCAACAGUCGACCUCAAACGCCAAAUUGGGCAAAAAAAUCUUCACCAAAACGAAUUUCGUGAAAAAAGAUGCCGGCAUCGCUGGAUCCAGCACGAGCAACGUCAAAAAGCCCAAAAUUCUCGGCGAAUCCUCGUCCAGUAGCGCCCUCAAAACGGAUCGCGCCAACAAAGAAUCCAAUCAAAUCCCGCGCAAAAAGAUCAAAGUGUCGCCGCAACAUCGCAUCGAAACGACAGAACCGCUAAUCACGUGUUUCGGCGAAACCUCCAUCAAAUACACGAAAGCCGUCGAUUCGUUCGACAUGUGCGCCUACAGCAACACAACUGCCACUUUUUCAUCCGCAUCGUUGCCGAACUUUUUCACGCAGACGCCCGCGUGUCUCGUGGAAACGGAUGCCUACGGGCAACAAGUGACAAAACGCCAACCGCUCGAGCUGGAGGACAGUUUGGAUGCGGUGCCGUGUUGUUCGUACUCGUUGCCAUCGACGUCGGAACCAGCUUUGUUGGGCUCGUCGUCAUCCGGGGCGAUGCGAAGUGCGAGUUUGCACUCGAUAACGCGCACCAAGGAGUUCAAGAGCAAAUUUAGCAAGGCAACGUCGAGCAAACCCAAAGUUACCAAGACGGGAGAAAAGGUGAAAAUGAAGAAGAAACGCACGUUGCGUGCGGAUUCGGCACUCAAACGCAAGAAAAAUCGCGUCAAGCCGGUUGUGUGUUAACUUUUUGUUUUGUUUCUGCGAUGAAAUUAACUCUUUUUACUGUAUUUCACUUUAUUUUAGAGGAAAGUUCGGUAGGAAAAUGCACCUUUUUUGCCUUUCACUGCCAUCAUCCGAUGAUGAAUGAGCAAACGAAACAAUCAGAGUUUUGCAGAGUGUCGAGUUUUUUUGAAAAAUAUU